CAAAUACCCCUUUCCUCAUCUUCCUUACAUUUUUGGAUAUUUGACCACAGAAAGAUAGGAUGUGGAUGAUGGGUUACAAUGAAGCCGAAGACUUAAAUAUCAACAUGAUUGAAUCCUACACCAACAAUGGUAGUCGGAAGUUAAGACCACUGGUUCCAAGACCCAGUUGCGCCGCCGCCUCCUCCUCCCACCGCUUCCACUCCACUCAUCAUGAUCAUCAUCUCCUUCCUAUAAAUCAUCAUCUAGUGGCAGCUGAACAACACAAGAGAGAGUUUAAUUCACAACAGAUGGUGGUUAUAAGCUCACGGUGGAACCCUACGCCGGAGCAGCUGCAAACCCUGGAGGAGUUAUAUCGUCGAGGGACAAGAACACCGUCUGCCGACGAGAUCCAACACAUCACCGCCCAGCUCCGCCGGUAUGGAAAGAUCGAAGGAAAGAAUGUUUUCUACUGGUUUCAGAAUCACAAGGCCCGAGAACGCCAGAAACGACGCCGUCAGCUUGAUAACCCUACAACUGAUCUUCAUCAACCUCCAUAUUAUACCACUGAUAUUAACAACAUCAAUAUUGAUCGAUCUAUAGAACGCAAAGAUCCAGAGCUUAAUAGGACAAGCUAUGAAGUUGAAGAGACCAGAAACUGGGCAAUACCUACAUUUUCAGAGAAAGUGUUAAGAGAAAGAACGUCAAAACCAGAAUCUAGGGUGACGAGCAUAGCAGAUCAGGGACUGAUACCUGUUGAACAACAAGAUGAAGAAGGAAAUGAUCAGCUGCUGUUGCUACACCGUAGGAGGAAGAGCUUUCCUGAAAAGAAUGCCACGUGGAAGCACAUGAUGCAGUGUUUGUCAUCAUCUACUCCUCCCACCAACCAUAACUCCACCACCAUCGCCACCACCUGCAUACCUGCUACACCUGUUUCUAAAACGUCGUCGUACCUUGUCGUUUCGCCACAUAGUCACAGACAUCACCACCUCCAGCAUGACGUUGAAUCUUUCCAGACCUUAGAGCUGUUUCCGGUUAACAGCAACGGCCAUGGCAGGGAACAACCGGAUAAAUGUUUGCUUCCGACGAAUGACGUCAACCUCAGUCCUCGCCAGUUCAUCGAGUUCCUUCCGUUGAAAAAUUAGUCAAAUACUUCUAAUGCUAACUAUGUCUUAUUAUUUUACUAUUUGGCCCUUGU